UCUCUCGUCUUUUGUGGGUCGAAUUGUACGAAACCCGAUCAAUUAAAGACCAUAUUCUGUUAGGUUUACAUUGAAGUUAUUAUAGGGCAUAUAGGUAUUUUUGGAUAUUAAGAGCAGUAGGCAGAUAGCACUGAUAGCCCUACACCAACGAGUUACAGGCAGGUCGCAGACACGCAGAUUUCUCAGUCUGUCUCGGUCCACCUGCUGGUCCAGCAGGUUCAUUCCAGGGAACGUUACCUAUACUCACGUUCAAGUUGUUCGCACGUCUUCAUUUAUCACUUUCAUUAAGGUUACAGUAUAUUUAUCUUGUAUAUACCUAAUAUACCUAUCGCGGAGAGUAUAUACGGAGACUGGGGGCGUGGGAGCCACGCGUGGAAACGCGCACGACGAGAAAACGAGCUCGCCCACACGCGCUUACACAGUGCAUACCUCUGUCGGGCUUAGCAGCUGCUGUCUCGUCAUUGUCAGUCCGUCACCCAGCCUGAACGUUUGUAGACAAUUUGGCGAAUAGCAGGUCUUCGCCAACUUUGGUUAAAUUCCGCGGAUAAGGAAAAAUAAACACAUUUCAACACUCGCGAGACAUGGCAGCGGUCUUUGACAUUGAGUUAACGGACGGAGAUAUUGUGCAGAAAGAGGACUCUGAGGACGAUGAUGAUGUUAUUGAAAUUACUGAGGAGGGGUAUGAUGACAAUCCAAAUGUUAACGAAAUCCUCCAGACUGAUGGAAUCGAAACUGUAACAAUAUCCGAACAAAAUGUGGGAAGGGAAAAAGUAGGACAAAACGAUUUCCAAAUAUGCAAGGUUAUAGGAAGAGGUGGUUAUGGCAAGGUAUUCCAAGUUCGUAAGACUACUGGAAAUGACAAUGGCACUCUUUUUGCUAUGAAGGUGUUACGUAAGGCAUCAAUAAUAAGGAAUCAAAAAGACACGGCUCACACCAAAGCUGAAAGAAAUAUUUUAGAAGCUGUUAAGCAUCCAUUCAUCGUUGACCUUAUGUAUGCCUUUCAAACUGGAGGUAAACUGUAUUUAAUACUUGAAUAUAUGUGCGGUGGUGAACUUUUUAGGCAUCUAAAUUACGAAGGCAUAUUUUUAGAAGACACAGCGUGCUUCUACCUGUCUGAAAUUAUAUUAGCAUUGCAACAUCUUCAUUUGCAAGGAAUCAUUUAUAGAGAUUUGAAACCAGAAAACAUUUUACUGGAUGCUGAAGGGCACAUUAAAUUGACUGAUUUUGGACUAUGUAAGGAGCAUAUUGAAGACGGCCAUGUCACUCACACAUUUUGUGGCACGAUUGAAUACAUGGCUCCUGAAAUCUUGACCAGAAAUGGACAUGGAAAGGCAGUUGACUGGUGGAGUCUUGGUACACUUAUGUACGACAUGUUGACUGGUGCUCCUCCUUUUACAGCUAAUAAUAGACGGUCUACUAUUGAAAAAAUAUUAAAAGGAAAACUAAAUUUACCUCAGUAUCUCACUCAAGAUGCACGAGAUCUUGUUAGAAAAUUGUUAAAGAGGCAAGUUCCGUUACGUUUGGGUUCGGGUUCAGCGGAUGCUGAGCAAAUUAAAAAUCACAACUUUUUCAAGCACAUUAAUUGGGAUGAUGUCAUAUCUCGUAAGUUGGAACCUCCAUUUAGACCUAAAUUAUCAAGUGAAGAUGAUGUCUCACAAUUUGACAAACGGUUUACAACGUCGGCACCCAUCGAUUCGCCUGCCGAAUGUACACUCAGUGAAUCGGCUAACCAAAUUUUUCAGGGUUUCACCUAUGUUGCGCCAAGUAUAUUGGAAGAUAUGUAUUCAGAACCUAGAAUAAUAAACGCCAGAAGUCCUCGUAAAAACAAUGUACGCGGCUUUUCGCCACGUAACAGUCAUUUUAAUUUGCACAUUUCACACGUGCAGAAUCACAGGCAUAACGGCAUGGGGCAAGGCUUAGAAGACGCAGAAAUGGUUGAAAUAGGAUAAGGCCUUGGUAUGUUAUCACAUGAUUACUAGACUUCUUAAAACUAUGUUUAUAUCGCGGUAACCUUUCUGAAUGUAGAUACGUCAUAGAUAAAUUAUUUUACUUUACUUAUGUACAAUACAUUUUAUACAGCCUGAACUUUUCAGUAUAUUAGUGUCGUCAAUAGAUAGGGUUUCAAAUUCUAAAAUUUAAGUUACUUAAAGUACUAUUCUAAGUAAAUAAUAUGCCAAUGAUUCAUUUAAUAACUUCAACCUAUUAAAUUUAUAUAAACAUACGUAUGCAUAUAAUUACAUGAAGAAGUCAAUAGAAGUAAAAAAGGAUUCAACGCCUUUAACAGAUAAUUUUUAAAGGUUGUCGUUGAUAUUGUUGUAAUCUAAGAAACGUUUAAUUUUCCCAUGUUACUUUUUAAAAUUAUUUCUUGACUCUAAAGUUUAUAAAGAGUUUGAAGUUUACGUUUAAUUUAGCAAUUUUUGAUUAUUUUUAGCGAAAAAUCACUAGUAUUAUUAAUUUUCAAAAAAUCGUAAAGUUAGUUUGUCAUUGCAAUUAACAGAGGUGACUCAUGUAGGAAAACAAAUUUGUGCAUUAAAAUGAUGUAAAACAUCAAUGUAUAUCAAUUGGCAAUACUUGCUUGGUAUCUAUUAUCGAGUAUAAAUUAAUAUUUAAGUUUGAAUAUGCUUGUAAGAAACUUUGCUAAAACUUUGUACUUUUCUGAAAUAUUGAAAUUGUCUAUGAUUUUGAAACUGACCACUACUUUAUAAUGAGUGUUAAUCUUCUUGUAAUGAUGUCUAAAAAAAAAAAUUUUAUAAAAUUUAAUGCUGCUGAAAGGACAUUGAAAUUUGAUGAUAGUUGAGUGAUUAGAAAAAACGAUUUUUACCUAAUUUAAAAAAUCAUAAAUAAGAAUCAACAGUUCGAACAAAAAAUGUUUAAGUUAGA